AGCCAUAUUUAUUAUCCUUUUUGACGUUGCUGUCACAAUCAAAACACAGCACGUGUGAAAAAUGCGUAUAGAAACGUGUUAUUUCUGCUCCUCCAGGAUAUAUCCUGGUCAUGGGAUCCAAUUCGUGAGAAACGAUUGCAAGAUUUUCAGAUUCUGCCGUUCAAAAUGCCACGCAGCGUUCAAAAAGAAGAAGAACCCGCGUAAAACCAAAUGGACCAAAGCUUACCGUAAGACCGCUGGCAAGGAAUUGGCUAUUGACCCAUCGUUUGAGUUCGAAAAGCGUCGUCACGCACCCGUCAAGUACAACAGGGAGUUAUGGACAAAGACCAUAGAAGCCAUGAAGAAGGUUGAGGAGAUUAGGCAGAAGCGGUCCAACAACUACAUCAUGCAGAGGCUGAGGAAAGGACGCGAGGUUGAGUGGCAGCGGGAUGUUAGAGAAGUGCAGAGGGAUAUCUCACUUAUCAGAUCACCAGCAGCAGGCCUCAAACAGCGACAAGCUGAAGAAGAGACCGAAAUGGAAGUGGAACCGGAAACAAUUGAAGUUGUUGACGCUAAGGGCCGCAAACAAAUCAUCGAGGCCCCAGUUAUGGUGCCCGCUGUGGGAGAAAUGAUCCAAGAUGGAGGCAACAUUGAACUAUAAAUUUGUUGUUCCAAAAUCUAUUCUUUAAAU